GCUCCGCGAGCGCAUCGUCUGCUCCGGGAGAUCCUCUGCUGCUCCGCGAGCGGGGCAUCAUCCACACGGGGAGUAGCGGUUCGCUCGUCCGUCGUCUGCUUGCCUCCAAAAGCCCGUGGUGGUUAUUUGGUUCGGCCGUUGUGCGGAGUUUUGUCAACUGGUGUGGGUGUGGUGUUCCGUGGAAGCCUUUUUUUUUGCCCGGUCCAAUUACUUUUUUUUUUCGGAACUAUACUUCUUGGUGCGCGUCGGCAACACGACGAGAAGACAAGGAGAGGCAACUGUGUGGAGUUUAUUUGUUUCCAGUUCUACUUUUUUUUUUCUUCCGCACCAUAUACGCACCGCUUACGGUCGGUCGUCUGCUACGUUCCAGACGACACAUCCACGGCACGCACAACAGACGACAAGCAGACAAAAAUGUUCAGGUGCAAGCCCUCGCAGCUGUGGUCCCUGGGCCUGUUCCUCCUGCUAGUCCUGUGCGCCCACGGUGCCUCGGGCUUCCUCACCGGCAGGGGGAGCGGCGGCGGCGGCGGCGGAGGCGGCGCCCUGGCCGCCUCGUCCUUCCUGCGCUCCCUGUGGAAGCGCGCCUCGAUGCGGGCCUCGAUGCGCAACUCGAUGCGCGACUCGCCCAUCUACUACGUCAGCACGUUCGUGCGCAACAAGUCGCCCGCGCAGCAGCAGGCGGCCGCGCUGUCGCCCCUCUUCAAGAUACCCAUCGAGUUCAUGUCGAACGCGAGGCCGCUGGACGUGGUGAAGGGCAUCCGAAAGCCGCCCUACUCUAAGCCCUACCGGAAACAGUCGCUCUACCAGACCUCCAAGAUGAUCCUCAUGCCCAUCAAGUUCUUGGCCAAUGGGAAGCCGCGCCGACGUGUCGUCAUCAAGACUCCGCCCCACUACUUCCGGAUAUAGACAAAGGACACGCACGAAAAGACGACAACGACGCAGAGCCACGCGUCACUAGUGAUUUCGCCCGAGCGUCUCGGACUCACCCGCACAUUGUGACGUGAACAACUGGACUGGUUCACGGCGAGGUGGGCCCUCCGUGACGUCAUCAGCGGGCCGUCGGUAGCGACAUGGCCGGACCGCAGUGAAAACGUCUUUGCAGUGCGGAUAUGUGCGUGUGUGUGUUAUCUAUCAUUUUUGUUGCGCUUUAUUUUUCUCUCUUGUGAAAGUGCUACCUUUCUUUUCUUCGUCUCUCACAAAGCGAAUGGCGUUACACAAAAGGCGAAUCGGCACACGCCGCGCUGUGACGUCAUUGAAACGGCGCUGGCGUAGAUACUACCUUGGCGGUGGUGGCGCCACCUGGUUCACUCCGACUGAAGACUCGGCUCCGGAAGCCUAUGAGCUGCGAUUGUGCUGCGCAUAAUUAAAUGAUGUCACGGCUUUCGUUGUGUUGGAACGGUAAGAUUUAGCACACCACGGACCUCACGCAGAGAUUGAAAGUCGUCCGCGCCUUUGAUUUACCAUCACGUGAUGCUACUUAAGCCGUGGAAUACAAGUCAAACGGCAAUUAACAAAGCAGGACAGAGCCGAUGUGAAUAAUGGGCUUUCUUUCAAUUAGCUUUAUUUCCCUUAGGUUGUCUACGACCACGCCACGUUUCUUUACAAAGCUACAACGCUCUUAUGCCACGUGCUGCCCUCUCUAUGACAGAAAGCAAAGGUUCAAUGCACUUUGUCACAAGUUUCUGCUUGCUACCGUGUGAAGCACUUCCGAGAUACUGGCUAAAAGCUACAGGUUGUGUCAUUGACCGGCGCGCUCAGCUACGUGAGAGACCACGAUCCGUCCAAACCUGACUUACCACUGCCAGCGUGUCUAUCACUAUUUGUUCGCCCGAGCAUUGCCUCUUUGCAUUCAGUGUCGCCAUCCAUGAUAGGACUGUCGUCGCGCACACUGACGGCAUUCGCGUGUUUUUCUUUUGCAUUCCGCCAUUUUGCCUGCUCUCAUUGGCUCAUAAGGAUGUCACGCCCUCUCUGACUGGCUCACUCGGAGGACUUCAGAUGAGCUCAUUUCGACUGUGUCGAGAAUAUAUUUCCAUCUGGUACACGACUUCUCGUAUGGCUUACAUCGUACUUGAUUUCCCGCGGUUCAUUGGAAACACACGAUUUCUUUAUUGCAUUACGCUUUCGUUGACUUCAUUUCGUUGCAAAAAAUGAGAACAGGGUAUAACUCUAUUCCCGGCUUUCCGUGUUGAGGAAGCUGUUGCAAGGAAAUAUAACGAAGUGCCUCACGUCACUUUUUUUUGUAGAUGUACUCAAAGGCUAGCUGCAACAAAAUCACACUUGAGCUCUAUUCGUUAAAAAAGGGAUCGUAGAUGACACCAAUGAAAUUGCAGUCAAAAUCGCAAGGUUAUAACGAGUGCACAGAUUUCAUUGCCUCGUAUGGCAGACGACAGGCACCGACAGCGGUGUGCCGCGCAAAGCGGAUAUGACGUCAGCCCAAGAAUCGCACGCGACGCGCUGGGAGCUGUAUUUUUGUUUAAUACGUGUAAACGAUUUGCAAUUGCAGUCGCACGCAGCAUAUACUAUAUGCAUGUUAAGUGUAAAGCGGGCAAGUCAGACAGUACGCCGGAGCGUUAUUGCAUUGUAGGCUCCCGUUGCACAUGGGAGUGCUGUACAUUGUCAGAUUCGGUCAUAGUGCGGAAUUCGCCAUCUUGCCGGUCGUGAUUGGCUUAGAAGGCUGCUAUGGCUUCUCUGAUUGGUUGAAAACGCCGCCACUGCAGAAUUCGACAGUACGGCAGACUUUCACAGUGCCCAGAUCAUGUGGUGUACAAAACAUGACAAUCACGACGUGCUUAUGGCUUCCACGAUUGCUUCCGACGCUUGCAGUGCACAAAAGCAUGGCCUUUGAGAUCGGUUUCCGUUACUCCGAGAAAGUCGUCACUGGAGAGUGCGAUUUGGACAAUACGUACGACAACUCGGGUCAGGUCGUGUGUUCCGCGUCACUUUCCCCGAGCUGUAAUGGCAGCGCUUUUUUUUUCAGUUUCGGCAUGAAAAACAUGCGGACAUUAUUGCACGUUGUUUUCGACGAUGCACUUGUUCGCUUUUUGCACAGAUUCUGCAAUGAGCAUUAUACUAUGUGGCCACACUAUAUCAAUAAAGAUAAUUUUUUACAGCGAUUCAAAAUUUCGCUGCGAUAGGCCUUUAGCGAGGUGAACUUGGAGAAGCAGUGGCUACAUUAAGCGUCGGGCACAACAUUUAUAGCUCGAAUACGUGCGUUGUGCUGAGCACGAACACGA